UCUCCACUCGCUGAGCCCCCGCGCUCCGCGCCACGGAAACUCGAAAAGACCAGCGAGGCGUUGGAGAGCCGCGCGCAGACGGACUCACACGUCCUCUGCGCCCCAAGAGGCUGCCGGCCCCCAGGUCCUUGGGUUGCUCUAGCUUUGCCAUGAACCUGGAGCAAGCUUGGCUUUAGGAGAAAUUCAGAAGCCGAGGGGGAGUCAAGGCAAUUCUUUGGUUGCUAAGGGUGAGUGAAGAUACUGAGGAUGGCUCAGGGACCCGGGGAACCGAAAGCGGUGGGGACGGCUGACCCAGAGGACAAUUCUCCGAACAUGAUAGUCUACCGCAAAAUUGAAGAUAUCAUUGCAAAGAUGCAAGAUGACAAGACAGGGGGUGUACCCAUCAGAACAGUCAAGAGCUUUCUCUCUAAAAUCCCCAGUGUUGUCACAGGUACUGACAUUGUGCAGUGGCUCAUGAAGAAUCUUUCCAUUGAGGACCCAGUUGAAGCAAUACAUGUGGGAAGCCUGAUAGCUGCCCAGGGCUACAUCUUCCCAAUCUCGGACCAUGUUCUCAGCAUGAAGGAUGAUGGCACCUUUUAUCGUUUCCAGGCCCCAUACUUUUGGCCUUCAAACUGCUGGGAACCUGAAAAUACUGACUAUGCCAUCUAUCUCUGUAAGAGGACGAUGCAGAAUAAAGCAAGGCUGGAACUAGCAGAUUAUGAAGCAGAAAACUUAGCAAGACUCCAGAGGGCCUUUGCAAGGAAGUGGGAAUUCAUCUUUAUGCAAGCAGAAGCACAAGUAAAGAUUGAUCGGAAAAAGGACAAGACAGAAAGGAAAAUUUUGGAUAGUCAAGAACGGGCCUUUUGGGAUGUCCACAGGCCAGUGCCAGGUUGUGUGAACACAACAGAAAUGGAUAUCAGAAAAUGUCGACGUUUGAAGAAUCCACAAAAGGUUAAAAAGUCAGUGUAUGGUGUGACUGAAGAUGCCCAGUCAAGCCCUUUGCACAUACCCAGUCAGCCAGUCAGAAAAACUACGAAGGAGGACAUCCGGAAACAGAUAACAUUUUUGAAUGCACAGAUUGACAGACAUUGUUUAAAAAUGUCCAAAGUGGCUGAAAGCUUGAUCACUUACACGGAACAGUAUGUGGAAUACGAUCCUUUGAUCACACCGGCCGAGCCGUCCAAUCCCUGGAUCAGCGACGAUGUUGCUUUAUGGGACAUAGAGAUGAGCAAGGAGCCCAGCCAGCAGCGAGUGAAGAGAUGGGGCUUCUCCUUUGAUGAGAUACUGAAGGACCAGGUGGGACGGGACCAAUUCCUACGAUUCCUGGAGUCCGAAUUCAGCUCAGAAAACCUCAGGUUCUGGUUGGCUGUCCAAGAUCUCAAAAAACAACCCCUCCAGGAUGUGGCCAAGAGGGUGGAAGAAAUCUGGCAAGAGUUUCUGGCUCCAGGGGCCCCAAGUGCAAUCAACCUGGAUUCUCACAGCUAUGAGAUAACCAGCCAAAACGUCAAAGAUGGAGGAAGAUAUACAUUCGAAGAUGCCCAGGAGCACAUCUACAAGCUGAUGAAGAGUGACAGCUAUGCCCGCUUCCUCCGGUCAAAUGCUUACCAGGACUUGCUGCUGGCCAAGAAGAAGCCAGAAAGUGAGCAAGGUCGUAGAACUUCCUUAGAAAAGUUCACUCGCAGUGUGCAGUGGAAUACGUCACCUCAAGAGCAGCGAGCUCCGGGACGCCUUCAGAAGUGAAUAGCCAAGGGGAGUGAGAGUAGCUUUCAACAUUGGAUUCCAUCACCUCUUCCAACUGGAAUCCUCUGAUGCAUUAAAUAUUUGUUAAAUGGCUCCUUCUGCAUUUUAUUCUGUGGCUAAUAAAACAGCCGUGGAAAAGGGAAAUGGAUCCUGUGCAGGGAGUUUGCUGAGGCUGGAGAACAAGGAUCCAAAAGUCAGAUGAUGACACAGUGAAAGCAAGGGAGGCUGUCAAGGCGCGGGAUUACUGCCCUUCACAUGUCAUCCUUGCCUUUUGUUUGCUUAUUUUUUUAAGCCAAUUGCUGCUGCUGCAGUUGAGCUCUGGGCAACAGGGUUCUCUCUGCUGAAUGCCUAAAAGGAGGUCAUCGAGCAGAGGACACAGGAGCCUGCUGGCACCAGGAGGCUGGGUGACUGUAGUGCAGUAGGGCUGAGCUUGAGGGGUGGGCUUGAGAGUGGUAGGGGGGUGCCCCAGUUCUGAAUUGGAGGAAGCUUAGCCUGUCAUCAUUCCAUCCUGAAAGGGUGUUUUGUAGGAAACAGAAAAGCUGAUAAAGUCAUUUUCCACAGUGCUAAUGGUGGGUUCCAGGAGGGCACACUGGCACCAAAGACCUCUCGGGCUGGCCAGGUGCAGAACAUGCCUGCAGAGGCCUUGGAUGGAGGAGAAGUUGCCCUCCCAGGGCCUCCUCUUCUUCCCGGGCCCUUCCUCAAGGACUCAUCUUCAGCCCAAGUCAGAGGCAGGGAAGGGCCCCAUGUCACAUCCUUGCCAGCUGUCCUGUGAGCCUAGCGAUUGCAAUGACAUGGCCGCCUCGCACAGGCUUCUCCAGGACUGCUUUCAACUCAUCAUGAGAUUGUGUAAUUAUGGUGAUUACAGCUUAUGGCUUUUUUCCUCUCUUCAUCUUUGGCUUUCAAAUUCUUUGAGGCCUCUCAUUAAACAUGGUGAUCCUGGUAAAGUCAGCAAAGUUUUAAGAAGACAUUUUUUGAAGAUAAAGAAAAUCCAGUCCGAGCUGAUUGUUACUAUGUUUGUUCAGACAGUCUUUUAAAACUCUGUCAGGCAGAAUUGGUGUCUGGAUAUAAGAGGCAGGGAGAGAGGGUGUGGGAACCCAGGGGGUACCCUUAUUUUCACAGGGUUGGAGAACCGUUUUAUACGGGGCCCCUGGUCUUUCUCAGUUGCACCAAGAGCCUGAUGCAUCUGCACUCUGUGCCUAAUGGGAAAAGACAGACUGUCAAGCAAGGACAGAGGGCCUGGCCUUCCCAUCAUAGCAGAUUAGGUUGGGAAAAGGAGAUGGAACAACCCAACCUUGUAAUCUGCAGCAAAGUCAUGGGGAAAUUCCCAUGGUUCUUUGUCCUGGAUGGAUGAUACUGGAAGGUUCUGGGGCAUCCAUAAUUCUAAACAUGUAAAAGAAUCCACAUUAGCAUGUGUGAGUGACCCUACUCCAGUGGUCAUAAUUUGGAAGAUUUCCUUGGAAAUGACACAGCUUCCCAACCCAUCACAUGCUAGCCCUCAAUCCUGGCUUCCCUGAAUUGUUUCUAGAUCUGUGGAGCUUCAUCAGAAGGGUGACCAAGAAAGGGUGUGAGUGAGGUGGGAGAGCCAGAGAGCCCCCCACCUGCCCUUCAGCAGUUUCCCUCAGGUCUGGGGUCAGGGUCACCCCAGCGCUACAAGGGGGUACAUUCUGCCCCUGCAGGAGGAAGCUUUAAGUACCCAUUGUGUUUGUUGCCUGUCCUCAACCACCCAGACUGCUCCUUAGCCUCUUGGUUGCCCACUGUCUGGAGCAUGACUCAGCAGCAGCCAGCAUUAAGUGUUGUCAAAAACCUGGCAGUGACAUGUCUCCCAGUUGCACUGUCAUUCCCUACUAAAGAUGACCUGUUGGCUUUGCCCCCUGAGAUGUGUUCCCUUUGGACCCCCGGAAUAUAGAGAAGUGGGCAGCCUGGUGGGUACCCAGCUCUCCACCCACUGCUGCUAUAAAACCCCAACAAGUGACUCACUUGCUCCCCAGCAUAUGGCUCACCAUGAAGCCCGCUGUGUGGGGGAUGUUGGCACUAAAUGUGGGCAUUCACUGCAGGAGCUGUUGUUUAUUGGGAGCUCCGGGGUUGUACCAUGCGCAUCCGUGUCAUGCUGGGCGUGGCCUAAACAGUGCUUUGUUCUCCUCCAGGGCCACCUCUUAGCUGGGUGACCGGGGCAGCUCCUCUUCAGUCUAAGUUUUCUCACCUGUAAAAGGAAGAUAGGAGCACACGAGGAAGUGGGGGGAUCCACCAGGUGCUUAGCACCGUGCUUGUAGUACAUGUGUCCAAACACAGCUCUUCCUACUGUUCUUGCCAUUGUUAUAAGGUUAUUUGUAGCCCUUGCUUAGCUCUAACCACCAUCUUUAAUUUCCAACAAGAUUCUGCCAGGUAGGUACCUUGGUAUUUGUUUCACAGUUGAAGGUGGCUCCGUGGAUAUCUCAUACAUGACAACGUGUGCUGAGCACAUUAUGCAUGACAGGGAGCCACUUGUGGAGCUACUCGGUACAUGGUAGCUAUUUUUAUUGGCUUGUUUUUUUAAGUCAAAUCACAGAGCUGGUUUUUCUGCUUUCCCUUGGAGUGGAAGGACAUGGUGCCCAGCAGGCCAGCUUCUGCCUGUUGUCAAUUUCUCAGGGCCCCUCAGCACUUCCCAGGAAACUGGGGGACUUGCAGAUGUGUGGUGCUGGGAGGUGGGAGAGCCGGGGAAAGGUAGCAGACUGGCUCAGGAAGUGGCAUUUACCACCACCCCCCACUGGGAUGCAGGAGCCUGUGAGGCUUCCUACUUCCAGACACAGAACAGGAACAUGUCCCCCCCACCAUAAGAGUGUGCCAGCCAACCCUCCAGAUGUAGUGCCCCACAUGGCAGAAAACCUCCCUCCCGAAACGCUCACCUUCCAGCUGUCUGCCUGCCUGGAGACACCAUGAACAAUGCAACCUCACCAAGGCCGGUCACUCCAUCUGCCAGAUAAACAAAGGCAUCUAUUUUUUAACCACGUACAACAAAGUGGGGUUGUGGGAGGAAUCAGAAGUAAGUGGCAGGUGAUGCUUUGAAACCCUCGUAAACCAGACCCCUGGGGAGUAUGCUCCCAGUGCUUGUAAUAUUGACAGAACCUGAACAGAGAGGCUAUUUCCAUUGACACAAAUGGCUUUUUCCUGGGGAGAAUUCAGGUUUUAUAUAUAUACCGAAAGGUAAUGUGUUAAGUUUGCAGUGUUUGUCCAAGAUUGGCAUCGCAGGAGCCUGGUAUAAAUCUCCACAGCCAAUCACGAGGCUGCAUACACACCGUGCAUGAGAUGCUUAUGUAAGUGCCCACGGUGUAAAUAGCACGUGAGUGCGUGCACAGCUGUAUCCACAGGUGCAUGGGCUGCCGUCUGACCUGUGCCUCCAUGUUCAGUGUAUGGUACGUGUGUAACAUACGCUGCAGACCUGCAUGUGCCUCUGCGCUUGGCUUACCUACCCCUGCAGCUAUGUGCAUGUCCGGGCAGGGGCUCCCCUAAAGCCACAAGUCUUCAUGGUUUCAGCUGGAUAAGUUAUUCUUCACUUCCCUUCCUAAAAACACAAUUGCCUAGUGCUGCUGGCGCAGAGUCAGAAUGGCCGCUGCAUUUCACCCCCGAGGUGGCUUCCUUCCAGCAGUGGGUGAGUGAUCCCGGCGUCCGUCUGCACUCUCUAACCUUCUUUGGGAUCCUUCUGCACAGAAGGUGUAAAAAAAUCCGGAGGAGGUGAUCUGUUUGUCCGUGGCCUCGUCUCCACCCACCACUCAUUCUCACUCCCUCAUUCAUGGAGAGUCAGUGGCAUGUAUUUUUCGGUGUCCCAUUUUUACUGCCCAUUUUUGUGCUCAGUUUUUCCUUCUAAGAGGCAAGGAGCUGAGGGGUCCAGAAAUGGUGCUGAGCCCCUGUCCUAGAGGCACCACACAGAUGGUGUCUCUGGAUAUUGAUCCUGUCACUCACUUCUCCAGGACCCCUAGCAGAACAGGACAGAAAUGCCCACUGUCGUUUAAAGAUGCUUUUAAAUCCAAAGGCAGCAACCUCUGACUUAUCUCCCAGAUACAGCUUCCAUUACCCUUCCUCUGUGGCCCAGGGCCAAGUCCUGCAGGAAACUUGGAAAGCUCAUGUUUCUUUCUACAUACUGGACCGCCAAGGGAGAAGAAGGCUAGGCAAGCCCCCAUUUUCUGUCCCACAGGAACCAAAAGCAUUGUAGCUAGAGGAAAAGGGUCUAUAGGGAAGUAAGAAGUAUCCCCAUAGCUAGGAAUUCCCUCCACCAAGUUUAGAUCCAGAGAGCUCUUGAAAAUGCUCUUUGACCUGACCCCUGCUGCACUUUUUUAGGGCAGAAAUACAUGUCUGAUAAAUACCUGCCGAACUGCAUUAUGGUGAUAGGGAGGAAAGAGAAAUGAGCCAGCCUUCUUUGCAUGUUUGUCAAAAUGAAUAUGGACAUCCACAGAAAGAUUAUUCUUUGGGGAGGUCUGUCAGAAUGCAUUCUGCAUUUUAACCCUGAGCUGGCUUCCUCCCAGCAGUCAGUAUGCUGAUCGCCUGUGCCCUCUGGACUCUGCCUGGGCAGCUGGCUUAACCAAGGGCAUGUUUGGGGUGUACGUGUUUGCAGAUGAUAAGUGCCCUCAGGAGGGUGGAGUGGAAGUCCUCGUGGGUCCUUUGGAGAAUCACACACUUCCAAGCAGUGAUUCCUCCACUAAACUUCAGUGGUGCUCUCUCCUGUAGCCAUAGUCAAGGGUCACUUGAUCUUCCUGUUGGAAAAAGGUAACAUCAAGUUGUUGCCAAUAGCAACACAGCCAAGUCCCUGCUUCCUUGAAUCUUUUGCCCUUUGCCUAAUUUGAAGUGGACCAUGACUGAGAGGCCAGAGUACAUUGCGGGAGGAGGAAGAAAAAGAGAGGAGACAGGCGUUGUUUGAUUGUAUGGGCUAGUGGAUGGUGUGCUCCUGAGGGCCUUUACAGCCGAAUGCCCGCCUGCAGCCAUUCCAGAGUCCACCAAGAACUUCCUGCAAGCUGAGCAUAGAAAGAGCCGGGGACUGCUCACUCAGAAUUGGAGGAAAGAAAAGAGAUCCGGCUGUGAAAAGGGGGCAUUUCCCCUGCAUGAGGAGAAAGAAUGCAGGGAAAGUGAAAAUGCACAACUUGGAACGGAGGCUGGGGAGCCUGGGCAUUCUGCCACCAGCAUAGGGCACAGCUGCUGAGCCCUUGUCAUUCCCGGCAUGCCUGCCAGGUUUCAGAUUUGUCCCCACACUUUGCCUGGGGGAGCCAGGGAGGAAGGUCUCCUACCACCCACCAAAACUAACAGGCAAAAGUUGAUUGUUGUGAAGAGGCGUGAGGAAUACGCCCCACGAGGGCUUCCCAGCCUGGCUGGGACACCCAAACUUGCACAUUUGGUUCUAAUUGGAGUUGAAUCUAGUUGAAGUAAGGCAGCUCUGCUGGCUCCCCCUUAGGAAGGUAAACAUCACACCUGUUUCUCUCCUCCCUGAGAUGGUUGCUAUGGAGAUCCCAGAGGCGUCAGCACCAAUAACACAGGACCACAAACAGAAAUGGUGGCUUCACCUGCCUGCCCAGCAGCCGCUUGAAAUCCACAUGCACCGAUCAAUGGUGACCUGCACCCCACUUGCCAUAGUAGGUAGAGGUUCACUUUGCCAGGCUUGCCAGUCAGAAGGUGGCACCAUCCUCUCUCAGGAAUCCCAAUGUGAUGGAGGAGAGGCAAUGAAGGCAGAGUAGAAAUGCCUGAGCUGGUCUUAAGUGUGCCCAAGAACUAGGCUGAGAAAAUUCACUGUGUGCUGCACAAAGGGUCUCCUGGUACGGACAUUGUGGGGCAUGGAGGAGCCCUUCAUCCCCACCUGCCUCUUUCCUCGAGUGUAAUGGUCACAUACAAAGCAGGAGGUGCAAGUGUCCUGAUGGCCAACCCCCUUGGCUCUGCCACGGUGCACUGUAUGCUUCCAGGCAAGUCCUUGGUCUUGAUUUGAGCCUGAUUCCUCAGCUGUUCAGAGGGGGUUAAAGUAAUACCGAACUGGCAGGGCUGAUGUAGAAAUGAGCGCCAAUGCUGGAGAAAGCUUAGUGCGCUUCGGGACUCUCUGUGGCCUUCCGGUGGCCACUAGGAAGUAUCCCUGGCACAUGGUACUGGCACUGUCCCCACCCCACCAGCAGCAAGGUCUAGAGAUUUGACAGGGGACGUACUGAGAUGUUGAUGUCACCCCAUGGGGCAGGAAUAAGGAAUUAAAAGAGAAAAUCACUGGGACAUCAGGAGGUCACCCUUAAUUCAGGUAGGAGGACUGGUGACCUGCCCUUUCUAAAUUUUCUAUUUAGAACAAGAGAAGUAGCACUGGUCCUUUGCAACGGAGGCCAGAGUGAGGUGUCUGAACUUGGCGAUGGUGCCACUGACAUUUUGUGGGAGUUACUUUCAGAAGAUGAGGCUGCUGCUAACGUGUAUAGACUGCAUUUACACCCCCCCCCCAAAACCUGCUCAUUACACCACUGUUCUAAAGGCAGUGGGCUUCUCCAAAAGAAUACUUAUUUUUAUUUUGCUCAUAUUCCUUCCUUUAUAAAUAGUGUACCUGAAUGUAUGUUAGUUCUUCAGCCCAUGAAUUUUUUUAUAAA